AUGGCUCCAAGGCAUCGGGAGAGUGCGGCUGCGCUUCGAACCCAGGAUAAAGAUCGCUUGAACCCGGCCAAAACAAUGAGCAGCGAGACGACCACGUGCAGGGGAACCACAACCACGUCGGCCUGUCGUGACGACCGCGUAGUUGGUAAUGCGAUUGACCAAAGAGAGACUAAUGUAACUUUCCGGCUCCCUGGAGUCCACGCUUUGGUGUUCUCUAUCGCCAGACGGUCCGAUGACCUCAUUCAUGUUCCUCACCCGGAGAAGGGCAGGAUCUUGGAUCUAGGCUGUGGGACGGGAAUAUGGGCCAUGGACGUGGCUGAAACAUACCCAGAAAUGUUUGUUGUGGGAGUUGACCUUUCUCGGAUCCAGCCUGAUCGACAUCCUCCCAACUGCGAAUUUUACGCCCCAUUUGAUCUCGAACGCCAGUGGCAGAUGGGAGAGGAUUCGUGGGAUGUAGUCCACCUCAGGAUGGGAUGGGGCAGCGUGUCCAAUUGGUUCAAUCUCUAUCGCAGGGUUAUUGCACACCUCGUCCCGGGUGGCUGGUUUGAACAGGUGGAGAUAGAUAUUGAGCCACGUUUUCUUAACAAUCCCUCGAGGCACUCGCCUCUGAGAAAGUGGCACCAAGCCUUCGAGCGUGCCAUAGCGCUAUCUAGACGGCCGCUGACACACAGUUCCCAAGACACGAUGAGCUUUUUGCGGACUGCUGGCUUUACAGAAAUCAGUCACCAAACCAUCAGGUUGCCGUUAAAUCAAUGGUCGUCCGAUUCUCACCAACGAAAAAUUGGUCGCUGGUACGGCCUGGCGUUCUUGCAGUUUAUUGAGUCAUUGGAUCUCGGUCUUUUCAGCGGCAUAUUCAGUUCGGCUCCUAAUGAGGCACGUGAACUUAAUAACCAGGCGAAAGCAGAAGCAUCUGAUCGCAGUGUUCACAGUUUUCAUGUAUUACAUACGUACUUGAUUUUCUCGCCAGGUCAACAGCCUUCCCUUUCCGUUUUAGUGCUCACCCCUCGCCGCUUUUUGCUCACUAAGUAG